AUGACCUCGAGUAAGUUUUGGCGAGCAGAUACGCUCCAUUCUUCUUUUUCUCUUUCUCCUGCGAAAAGACAACAACUGCCUCCCUCACCCGCCGAGUCCGAAAGCCCGACGAAAUCACCUCGUCGCAAACACAGCUACGACCGUUUCCCUCGUCGAGAAAGCGACUUGCCCGUACCAGCGAGCCAUGCUGUGAAACAUCGAAACUACCACGACAUUGCUAGAGAACCGCCAUCGCCAUCGGCCCCCAGAAAUGCUCAUAAUAAAUCUCGAAAAUGGGGCGAGCGCCUCUCUUCACUGCUUCCCGUGCUCACAUCUUCCUCACCAGCAACAGAUUUCUCCUCGGCCAGCCUUCGACGAAAGCCGGUUGCGCUCGCCGAACACGGCAAGGUCUCACCUGACACAACACCACCCCCUCCACCGUAUAAAGAAUACGAUUCGAAACAUUCGCCGCCCGAGGGUCCUCUUGAUACACCAAUCACUCCCGAUCACGAGCUACGUCUAUCGUCACCUACUCUCUUUGGAGACGAGUUUUUCCUGGGCAGCAGCAACUCGCUGCCCUCCCCACAAACCGGACUACCUCAGAGCCUCACUAUGCCUAUCCUCCGGACCGAGAUUCCGCACAGCGCCUUGGGUAUCGACGAGCCGCCCCAGAUAGCUAGCGCCACCGAUUUCCUCGCUCUGUCGAGCUCCGAAGCUCAACUGCCGCCCUUGCAAGAAGUCGCUUCUCAGGAGCCCCCCUCCCGAGAUGGCUCUCCCGAAGCCACGAGCGAGCUUCGCGGCCCUCGGAAGUUGCGGAAGGGCUCGGACAGCCAGAUCAGACCUCGCGCAAACUCAUACCAGGCCGGCCCGUCGAUCCCCGUGCCUGGCAUCAAAGCCAGUGCAACGAUGCCCCUUUCUGAAGGUGGUGACAAUGAACUUGACCGCCUCAUUGCUAUCCGCAACUUGUUUGCGUUCCUCACAGGCCAGCCUCUGGUGGGCACUAGAUCACGAUCAACCGUCUUUUUGGCCUUUUUGGACAUUGCAAACCUUUUGGAGGAAUAUAGCUUCGCUGGAAUCGAUAGCGCCGGGUUCGGGAAUGCUGUUGAUAUGAGCUUUGGAUUCUAUUGCGACUUCCUAGGCUUGUCUGACUGUAGACACAGCCGCGAAAAGACGGUUGAGGCUCUCAUUCUUGGCGAGCGUAUGAGAAACGUUGAACUAUAUAAUGAAGCAUUUGCUCAUGCGGCUGGCAAAUACUCCGCCAUCAUCGAUCUUCGCCUUCCUCUGUUCGACAAAAUUUCACCACAGACCCGGCAACGUCUUGAACGAGCACACAUUGACCUGGUACACCGGCAGCACAAUGUCAACGAUCAUCUCGAACAAUUCGAAUUUCCGUCGAUAUUUUCGGGCAUCGCCAACUCGACUUCGAUUGCGGAGAUGCGGAGUAUUCGAUUCAAAUCUUGGCGAAAUUCAUUUACGCGAAUGCGAUCAUUCAUGCUCAGCUACUACAAAUCUACAUUCGGCAGCUGGCCACCCAAGGCGAGCAGUAAGAAGAACCCUUUUAUGGAAAGUGGUUUGAACCGACUAGUCUUGAAGAUGCUCUACUCGGACAUGUGUGCCUUGUACGACUUGCUUGUGGAUAGAACCGACUUGACGUCCAGAGUGAUGGAUCAUACGCCAGAGCUGUCGUCUGACCCCGAAAAGACGACAAGAUCGGCCAUUCGGAACAUUAUGUCUGAAUACGAUCGGUCAAGGCCGCCUGUGCUACCCCCGAUUCCAUUCGACUUGCCUCAGCUGCCGACAGUCCAAUCGAUUCACGAGACGUACGCCAACUUGUCUGCAAAGGAGCAAGCGAAAUUCGACAAGAAGCUCAAAGAGCACGAGCUACUUCUCAUUCUAAACAAGGCUUACAACUACGACACCAAUAGCAUCAAGCUCCCUUUCCUGGACCAGUUCAAGGAAUUUGAGAGCCGAGAGGCAAAGGGCAAGAUGAAGCAGGACAUUAUUGAUCAGCGAAUCGGCUACUGGAUUUUCCUGUAUGCCGUCCUUCAGUCGCUUCCUAUGCUUGUUGUUGAUGCGCCAGGCCUCAAGCAUACGGAGGGAACGGAAUACUUUUUGUGCCAGCCUCCCAUGGGACAACCGCCGUGGGCGGAGGACGGCCAGGUGCGCAAGAUGUGGUACGAGGUAGCGGGUGGUGGCGGAGUGGUUGAGCUUUCUGCCGAUGCUGUCAUGUACAGUGUGGAAGCCACGUACCACCGCAGCCAUUGUUGGCUUGCCGCAAAGCAGUGGGAGGGAUUGGAUGGAGCGGAUCAGGCACCCCCAGAGCAAGUCAUGUCCCCCCUCCAACCGCCACGAGGGAUUUUCGAGGGCGGCGACGGCAUCCUCGGAAGCUCGCCUCCAAUGGCUGGUCCUAGUACACCGUCGCCGCCUCUGGGGACGCCACCACUGGCAGCGCGGCCGCGCAACCUGUCGCCAGGUCGUUCUCGUGCAAACAGUGCCUUCCGGUCGAGCAUUGCCAUUGGCCUGGAACCUCUGCUGAUGGACCCGCCAGCCAACUUAUUUAGCCCGCACCAAAGAAGCAGCUCACUUGGGCCGCGUCCUCCCAGUGCGUACAUGAGCAGUCGCAGCAUUUCUGGCUCCAACCUGGCGGGCAUGAGCACGCCACGAUCAGGCACGCCUAGCACGCUGGCGGGCACUUCUGGAGCGACGUUUGAUGAUAUCCUUGCUGGAGGAACGAGUGAAAAGACCAAGGGCAAGGAGAAGGAGAAGGAAAAGGAAAAGAAGGCGCCCAAGAAGAAGGGCUUCUUUUUCUAA